GUGGGCUUAAAAAUAAUUAUAGUAAGUGACGUGAGUGUAUUCUUACAACCAUUUCCGUUGGAUUUUGCGCUUCUUUCACCACCAACGUCCUCUCUGCUGCUGUCUAGUGCCUCUUUCCAGCAUUGCAAUCACAAAGGCAUGGGUGGCGAUAUUUUCCCCGAUUCGAGGAUGUGACGUUAAAUGUGUCGGAACUCUCAGGAAAUGUUUUGUGUCUUCAUUUUAAAAUCCAAGGUACACGGGAGAUGAAGGUUAAAAUCAAGCAGUGGAACGGCGUUGCAUCCUGGCUGUGGAUGGCCAAUGAUGAGAACUGUGGGAUCUGCAGAAUGUCUUUUAAUGGCUGUUGCCCAGAUUGUAAGGUUCCUGGAGAUGACUGCCCAUUGGUCUGGGGCCAGUGCUCCCACUGCUUCCACAUGCACUGCAUCCUCAAAUGGCUCAACUCCCAGCAGGUCCAGCAGCAGUGCCCCAUGUGUCGCCAGGAGUGGAAGUUCAAAGAAUGAGCUCAUCCGGAGAACGUCACUUGAAUGCCUUUCAAAGACUGAGACGUCACAUAGGAUUGUAGUGUUUCGGAAUACAUAUGCUUCUGUUUUUUGUUGUACAUUUCCAGCUACUUUGUUUUUCUCUGAGGCUGUCAAAGUUUUCUGUGGAGGGGUGUGUGAAUAAAUAUGUGAUUAGGAUUUAA